AGGACAGGAGGUAUCCCUGUUGCUCUGGGCACGGUACAAACUUACAAACUCAUCUGCGAGGAACCACACUCUUUGAGAACUAAGAGAAAGAUCAUAUGUCCUCUCUUCAACCUGACACGCUGUGUGUGGACAAAAGCACAGAAUGUACACAGCACAACUGGAACACACUGAAAACCACUGACUGAACCUAACGUCCUUCCUCAAUGUUGGAAGAGACAGUCAGAGAGCGUUGUUUGUCCCACUCACUCUCAGUGAACAUACCCCAGACUGUCCUGUGUGAGUAAAGGUAGCUAGGAGGACGGGGCAAAAGGUGAGAGGUCCCACUCACAGUCAGUGAACAUACCCCAGACUGUCCUGUGUGAGUAAAGGUAGCUAGGAGGACGGGGCAAAAGGUGGGAGGUCCCACUCACAGUCAGUGAACAUACCCCAGACUGUCCUGUGUGAGUAAAGGUAGCUAGGAGGACGGGGCAAAAGGUGGGAGGUCCCACUCACAGUCAGUGAACAUACCCCAGACUGUCCUGUGUGAGUAAAGGUAGCUAGGAGGACGGGGCAAAAGGUGGGAGGUCCCACUCACAGUCAGUGAACAUACCCCAGACUGUCCUGUGUGAGUAAAGGUAGCUAGGAGGACGGGGCAAAAGGUGGGAGGUCCCACUCACAGUCAGUGAACAUACCCCAGACUGUCCUGUGUGAGUAAAGGUAGCUAGGAGGACGGGGCAAAAGGUGGGAGGUCCCACUCACAGUCAGUGAAGAUCCCAAGACACCCAAGAGGCUAUCCAUCAAGACCCAGCCAUUACUGACUUUACAUAGCCUCAUAACCAGGUCUGGCCCGGAGACAGCCAGUCCUGUGUGUGUGGAAGUAGCCCAGUGUGUGUGGGUGGAGGUAGCUAGGAGGAGGGGGCGCCAGUUGUCUUCUCAGGCCGGAUGCAGAACAUCCUCGAGCAGAACUUAGACAUGGCCACGGCUCUGCUGGCGGGGGAGAAGCUGAAGGAGCUGAUUCUGCCUGGCUCUUCCCAGGAUGAGAAGGGAGGCAUGCUGGCCGGCCUCAUGGUCCAGCUCAAACUAGAGCUACCAUUUGACCGCGUCGUCACCAUCGGCACCGUCAUUAUCCCCAUCCUGCUUGUCACACUCGUCUUCACAAGGAAUUUCGCAGAGGAGUCAAUCUACUGCUACACGCCUCACAACUUCACCCGUGACCAGGCCCUGUACGCGCGAGGCUACUGUUGGACAGAGCUGCAUGACGCCGUGCCCGGGGUGGAGCCUGAACUUCGACCUUCGCUGUUCGAGCACAAGUUCCUGCCCUAUGCUCUUCUGGCCUUUGCUGGCAUCAUGUACAUCCCUGCUCUCGGCUGGGAGUUCAUGGCCUCCACAAGACUUACCUCCGAGCUCAACUUUCUGCUUCACGAGAUAGACAACUGCUACCACCGGGCGGCCGAGGGCCGGGCCCCUAAAAUCGAGAAGCAGAUCCAGUCUAAAGGACCGGGUAUCACUGAGAAAGAGAGACGUGAGAUCAUUGAGAAUGCGGAGAAGGAGAAGAGCCCCGAGCAGAACCUGUUUGAGAAGUACCUGGAGAGACGAGGCCAGAGCAACUUCCUGGCCAAGCUGUACCUGGGUCGCCACCUGGCCAUCAUCUGCCUCAGCUCCAUCCCCAUCUCCUACCUGAGCGCCUACUGGCACCGCCAGCGCCAGAACGAGUUCAGCUGUGCCCUGGGGGAGCCUCCAGACACCAGCAGCAUCCCAGAGCUGAGGCUCAGCGUCAACUGCAAACUGCCGGCCGUGCAGCUGCAGAGGAUCAUGGCCGCCGUGGACAUCGCCCUGCUGAGCACCAUGAACCUCGUCAUCCUGGUCAACCUGCUGCACCUGUUUGUGGUGCGCAAGUCCAACUUUGUGUUCGACAAACUGCACAAGGUGGGCAUCAAGACGCGGAGGCGCUGGCAGAAGUCCCAGUUCUGCGACAUCAACAUUCUGGCCAUGUUCUGUAACGAGAACCGUGACCACAUUAAGUCACUCAACCGCCUGGACUUCAUCACCAAUGAGAGCGACCUCAUGUAUGACAACGUGGUGAGGCAGCUGCUGGCCGCGCUGGCCCAGUCUAACCAAGAUGUCACGCCCACAGUGAGGGACUCAGGCAUCCAGACCCUAGAUCCCAAUAUGGACCCCUCUCUCCUGGGGGUAGGGGAGCUGGGAGGGGAGCCACUGGUCAUCAAACGACCACGCAAGAAGAUGAAGUGGAUCCCCAGCUCCAACCCUCUCCCGCAGCCCUUUAAGGAACCUCUGACAAUGACGCGUUUGGAGAACAGCGUUAAGCCUGAGAAGCCCAAACUGGUGAGGAGGAAAACAGUGGCAGAGAGCUACGUCGCUCCUUUAAGCAAGAGCACACAGUACUCUGCUAAAGAUAUGAGCACGCUGGAGAAAAAGCAUAGUCGCAACUUUUCCCUGGAUGUCCACCCGUACAUGCUGACCAUCCGCAAGCCCACCAAAGUAGAGACAGUCAGCGCAGAGCCUCUACCCCCAGACCACACCCUGGACUCGGUGUUCAUCGAGGGCACACACACCAUUGUCCAUGUCUCCGCUUCUAUCACAGAAAAGAAAGAUCGCACUCCAGAAUCCACCAACACAGUCUUCUCUACAAUGACCGUCCCCACCAGCACCUAUAUGAACGGUGCCACUCCCAGCCCUAACCCACCAUUUCUCGCUGACCGCCACCUUAUAGAACCCCUGAUCGAGCAAGAGGAGCCUGAAGAUGCCCAGCCUGCAGUCUUCACUCGGAUCCCUUCCCACCAGCUGCUCAGUAUGCAUCAGCUACUCAGUAUGGAGGAAGAGGAGGCUAGAGGCCAGGGGGCCAGACUGUCUGAGAGACCCGGGGGGGAACUGAUCUCUGCUGGGGAGUGUUGAGGAGGAGACACACACAUCCCAUCCCACCUAUAGCCAAAAGCCACAUUGUAACCUUAACCCCUAGUUAUGCUGUGCUCAUACCUCACUACUCCUCUGGUGAAGGCACUGAGUGUGAGUGCUGAUGGUGCUGAACCAGAAUUUUUAGCUGGAGUGUUGAAGAUUUAACAAGAUGGAGCAUAAGAGAGGAUAGUGGUUCAAUGUGUUCUGAUCUACCCAUAGUCAUCUGACUGCUGUUACUCUCUCCACACAUGAAGACUUCGGUGAAAUGCACACAGGAGCAUUACCUUUGUAGAUCCUGCACAGUUGAAUGGAGCAUUUGUUGGUCAUGUUCUUCACUUGGAGAGGAAGCAGCUCUUAAUGAAAAAGAUAAGAAAGAGAAUAGGGAAGACAUACGGUUUGAAACUUUUUAAACACAUUUUAGAAAAGCACACAAUCUAUAGUCCAUUCGGAAAGUAAUCAGGGCCAUUCACUUUUUCCACAUUUUGUUACGUUACAGCCUUAUUCUAACAUGGAUUAAAUAGUUUUCCCCCAUCAAUCAACACACAAUACCACAUAAUGACUAAGCAAAAACAGGUUUUUUUUUAAAUUUUGCAAAUGUUUAAAAAAAAGAUGGAAAUAUCACAUUUACGUACACUACCGCUCAAAAGUUUGUGGUCACUUAGAAAUUUCAUUGUUUUUGAAAGAAAAGCACCUUGUUCUGUCCAUUAAAAAUAAGAUCACAUUGAUCAGAAAUACAGUGUAGACAUUGUUAAUGUUGUAAAUCACACCUGACUAUUGACUAUUGUAGCUAUUGUAGCUAAUGACUAUUGUAGCUGGAAACGGCUGAUUUUUAAUGGAAUAUCUACAGUUGAAGUCGGAAGUUUACAUACACCUUAGCCAAAUACAUUUAAACUCAGUUUUUCACAAUUCCUGACAUUUAAUCCUAGUAAAAUUCCCUGUUUUAGGUCAGUUAGGAUCACCACUUUAUUUUAAGAAUGUGAAAUGUCAGAAUAAUAGUAGAGACAAUCAUUUAUUUCAGCUUUUAUUUCUUUACAUACACUAAAUUUGUAUUUGGUAGCAUUGCCUUUAAAAUGAUUAACUUGGGUCAAACAUUUUGGGUAGCCUUCCACAAGCUUCCUACAAUAAGUUGGGUGAAUUUUGUCCCAUUCCUCCUGACAGAGCUGGUGUAACUGAGUCAGGUUUGUAGGCCUCCUUGCUCACACACGCUUUUUCAGUUCUGCCCACAAAUGUUCUAUAGGAUUGAGGUCAAGGCUUUGUGAUGGCCACUCCAAUACCUUGACUUUGUUGUCCUUAAGCCAUUUUGCCACAACUUUGGAAGUAUGCUUGGGGUCAUUGUCCAUUUGGAAGACCCAUUUGCAACCAAGCUUUAACUUCCUGACUGAUGUUGCUUCAAUAUAUUCAUAUACUUCUCCUUUCUCAUGAAGCCAUCUAUUUUGUGAAGUGCACCAGUUCCUCCUGCAGCAAAGCACCCCCACCACAUGAUGCUGCCACCCCCAUGUUUCACUGUUGGGAUGGUGUUCUUCGGCUUGCAAGCCUCCCCCUUUUUCCUCCAAACAUAACGAUGGUCGUUAUGGCCAAACAGUUCUAUUUUUGCUUCAUCAGACCAGAGGACAUUUCUCCAAAAAGUACGCUCUUUGUCCCCAUGUGCAGUUGCAAACCGUAGUCUGGCUUUUUUAUGGUAGUUUUGGAGCAGUGGCUUCUUCCUUGCUGAGUGGCCUUUCAGGUUAUGUCGAUAUAGGACUCGUUUUACUGUGGAUAUAGAUACUUUUGUACCCGUUUCCUCCAGCAUCUUCACAAGGUCCUUUGCUGUUGUUCUGGGAUUGAUUUGCACUUUUUGCACCAAAGUACAUUCAUCUCUAGGAGACAGAACGCGUCCUGAGUGGUAUGAUGGCUUCGUGGUCCCAUGGUGUUUAUACUUGCGUACUAUUGUUUGUACAGAUGAACGUGGUACCUUCAGGCAUUUGGAAAUUUCUCCCAAGAAUGAACCAGACUUGUGGAGGUCUACAAUUUUGUUUUCUGAGGUCUUGGCUGAUUUAUUUUGAUUUUCCCAUGAUCUCAAGCAAAGAGGCAGUGAAUUUGAAGGUAGGCCUUGAAAUACAUCCACAGGUACACCUCCAAUUGAUUCAAUGGUGUCAAUUAGUCUAUCAGAAGCUUCUAAAGUCAUUACAUAAUUUUCUGGAAUUUUCCAAGCUGUUUAAAGGCACAGUCAACUUAGUGUAUGUAAAUGUCUGACCCACUGGAAUUGUGAUACAGUAAAAUAAUCUGACUGUAAAUAAUUGUUAGAAAUUAUUUACAGACAGAGAUGUGCUAACCGACUUGCCAAAACUAUAGUUUGUUAACACGAAAUUUGUGUGUCAUUGAAAAAUGAGUUUUAAUGAUACCAACCUAAGUGUAUGUAAACUCCUGACUUCAACUGUACAUAGGCGUAUAAAAAACCAUUUUACAAUUAUGUUAGCACAGCUGAAAACUGUUAUCCUGAUUAAAGAAGCAAUAAAUCUGGCUUUUAGACUAGUUGAGUAUCUGGAGCAUCAGCAUUUGUGGGUUCGAUUACAGGCUCAAAAUGGCCUUUCUUCUGAAACUUGUCAGUCUGUUCUUGUUCUGAGAAAUGAAGACUAUUCCAUGCGAGAAAUUGCCAAGAAACUGAAGAUCUCGUACGACGCUGUGUACUACUCCCUUCACAGAUCAACGCAAACUGUCUCUAAUCAGAAUAGAAAGAGGAAUGGGAGGCCCCACUGCACAACUGAGCAAGAGGACGAGUACAGUAGAGUGUCUAGUUUGAGACACAGACGCCUCAAGUCCUCACCUGGCAGCUUUAUUAAAUAGUACCUUCAAAACACCAGUCUAAACGUCAACGGUGAAGAGGCAACUCUGGGAUGCUGGCCUUCUAGGCAGAAAAAGCCAUUUCUCAGACCGGCCCAUAAAAAUAGAAGAUUAAGAUGGGCGAAAGAACACAGAUACUGGACAGAGAAAGAUUGGACAAAGGUGUUAUGGACAGACAAAUCUGUGUUUGGGGUGUUCAGAUCACAAAGAACAUUCGUGAGACGCAAAAAAAAUAUGAAAAGAUGCUGGAGGAGUGCUUGACGCCAACUGUCAAGCAUGGUGGAGGCAAUUUGAUGGUCUGGGGGUGCUUUGGUGAUGGUAAAGUGGGAGAUUUGUACAGGGUAAAAGGGAUCUUGAAGAAGGAAGGCUAUCACUCCAUUUUGCAACGCCAUGCCAUACCCUGUGGACGGCGCUUAAUUGGAGCCAAUUUCCUCCUACAACAGGACAAUGACCCAAAGCACAGCUCCAAACUUUGCAAGAACUAUUUAGGGUAUUCUGUCUCUAAUGGAGUGGCCAGCAGUCACCGGAUCGCAACCCUAUUGAGCAUAUGGUACGUAAGAAGUGCCCAUCAAUCCAAUCCAAUUUGUGGGAGGUGCUUCUGGAAGCAUGGGGUGAAAUAUCUUCAGAUUACCUCAACAAAUUGACAACUAGAAUGCCAAAGGUCUGCAGGGCUGUAAUUGCUGAAAAUGGAGGAUUCUUUGACGAAAGCAAAGUUUGAAGGACACAAUUAUUAUUUUAAUUAAAAAUCAUUAUUUAUAACCUUGUCAACGUCUUGACUAUAUUUCCUAUUCAUUUUGCAACUAAUUUCAUGUAUGUUCUCAUGGAAAACAAGGACAUUUCUAAGUGACCCCAAACUCUUGAAAGCUAGUGUAAUUAUUCAGACCCAUUACUCAGUACUUUCUUGAAGCACCUUUGGCAGAGGUUACAGCCUCGAGUCUUCUCGGGGAUGACACUGCAAGCUUGGCACACCUGUAUUUGGGUAGUUUCUCCCAUUCUUCUCUGCAGAGCCUCUCAAGCUCUUUCAGAUCGGAUGGGGAGUGUUGCUGCACAGCUAUUUUCAGGUCUCUCCAGAGAUGUUUGAUCUGGUUCAAGUCUGGGCUCUGGCUGGGCCACUCAAGGACAUUCAGAGACUUAUCCCAAAGCCACUCCUGCGUUGUCUUGGCUGUGUGCUUAGGGUCGUUGUCUUGUUGGAAGGUGAUCCUUCGCCCCAGUCUGAGGUCCUGGGCACUCUGGAGCAGGUUUUCAUCAAGGAUCGGGCUGUACUUUGCUCUGUUCAUCUUUCCCUCGAUCCUGACUAGUCUCCCAGUCCCUACCGCUGAAAAACAUUCCCACAGCAUGAUCAAGGAUGCCAAACAGUCACAUUUUGGUUAAAUUAGCCGUUUUGAAUACAAAAUAGUUUGCCUUCGUGAUUUGUGUAGAUCCUUAUGAGAAACGUUUUGGCGGGGGUGAUGCACGUUUGGAGCAACACUGGCUGUAUCCAAGGCUCAGCCAAUCGUUCACAUAACAACAUGCUGCAGCACGCGACUGAAGAGAGAACCAAUUAGCUAGUUACAGCAUCAGCGCGCGCUCUGGAAAGACAACGGAGAGCGGAACGGCAGCUCAUUUACAGCAUCGCGUCCCCUGACCGAUAACGAAGAGGUAAGUGAGAAGGUGAUGAAGCGUACUUCAUGAGCUGUAACCGAAAAACAACUGGCAUUUCGAAAGUUUGAGGUGAGGGAGAAAGUGUGGUAGAACAUGUAUUGUUAGCAUUGUUAAGUAUCUUAUUAGCUGGAUCGAAUUCUCUGUUAGCUAGCCAGAGAAAUGGUGAGCAACAUUAGCCAAUUUAACUGAUCAAAUCAUUGAGUUUAUGGUGUGAAAAUUAAUGUUAACGGUAGCUAAUGUUACAACAUCAGAUGAGCUAACUUUAGUGACCUAACCAAUUCGCUCUAGUAUUACCUGGUAACGUUAUACAACUUCUUGCCAUUCCUCAAGUUAUAACAUGUUAGUUGCCCACUGGACCCUGGUAAUAUGUGUGAGUAGUUAACUAGCUAACGAACUAACUACUAACUGUGAACUAAUGUUUUCUCUAUACAGUAUGUGGUUAAUUUUCAGAAUGAGAGAAUUAGGUGAAAAUGAGGCAUUGCUUGUUAUACAAGUGCAUUCAGGGAUCAAGUGAAGCUGGAGCUAGGCCUGGCUUAAGCUGGAUGCCACUAUAGAGGUGAAAGGAACACCACACACUUUCCUUCUUUCUCAUUCUUUCAAUACAGUGGAUAAAAAGGGGUAUGCCAGGUGUACUCUCUGCCUGAAAGAGCUCACUUCUGCCAACAAAGAGUAUCAUGCUCUGUGGACACAUUGUAGAACAGAUGUCCACAGGCAGAAAGUGUACAAUGUAGUAAUGUACAGUGUAGCCCAAUAUAUUGCUUUUGUUGUGUUGAACUUGACAGUAACACUUGUGUGUAGGUGAGGGGGGAUUAUUCGGUCACGGCCGGCUGCGACAGAGCCUGGACCCGAACCAGGAUCUCUAGACCACUUCGCCACUCGGGAGGCUGCUUUCUGUUCCUUUUUUUGAAAAUCUGUGAGUUAGGUUCACAUUAACCACUUUUUAUUUUACACACAGAGACUGAUCAUGUAGAUCAUAUUAUUUGUUGUUUAAUUAGUUAAAACCUGCAUUUCCCCCUACCAGGGAUAAAAA